CCCCGACGCAGCGCCUCUCCAGGUUUGCCCCGCCCUGCAGGACUGCAGAACUGCAGAGCUUCCUUUCCGGCGGCGCGCUGACGUCACGCGUCCCGCGCCUCCUCGCGCCUGCGCCGUGGUUGGAAGGUCGUCCGUGUGACCGGCUUGGCGGUUGGAGCGGCUGUCGCCAUGUUGUCGGUCGCAGCCCGCUCGGGUCCGUUCGCGCCCGUCCUGUCGGCCACGUCCCGCGGGGUGGCGGGCGCGCUGCGGCCCUUGGUGCAGGCCACGGUGCCCGCCACCCCGGAGCAGCCUGUGUUGGACCUGAAGCGGCCCUUCCUCAGCCGGGAGUCGCUGAGCGGCCAGGCCGUGCGCCGGCCUUUGGUCGCCUCCGUGGGCCUCAAUGUCCCUGCUUCUGUUUGUUAUUCCCACACAGACGUCAAGGUGCCUGACUUCUCUGAAUACCGCCGCCCUGAAGUUUUAGAUAGUACGAAGUCUUCAAGAGAAAGCAGCGAGGCUAGGAAAGGUUUCUCCUAUUUGGUAACUGCAGUAACUACUGUGGGUGUCGCAUAUGCUGCCAAGAAUGCCGUCACCCAGUUUGUUUCCAGCAUGAGUGCUUCUGCUGAUGUGUUGGCCCUGGCGAAAAUCGAAAUCAAGUUAUCCGAUAUUCCAGAAGGCAAGAACAUGGCUUUCAAAUGGAGAGGCAAACCCCUGUUUGUGCGUCAUAGAACCCAGAAGGAAAUUGAGCAGGAGGCUGCAGUUGAAUUAUCCCAGUUGAGGGACCCACAGCAUGAUCUAGAUCGAGUAAAGAGGCCUGAAUGGGUUAUCCUGAUAGGCGUUUGCACUCAUCUUGGUUGUGUACCCAUUGCAAAUGCAGGAGAUUUUGGUGGUUAUUACUGCCCUUGCCAUGGGUCACACUAUGAUGCAUCUGGCAGGAUCAGAUUGGGUCCUGCUCCUCUCAACCUUGAAGUCCCCACAUAUGAGUUCACCAGUGACGAUAUGGUGAUUGUUGGUUAGAGACUUGGACUCAAGUCAUAGGCUUCUUUCAGUCUUUAUGUCACCUCAGAAGACUUAUUUGAGAGCAAGCCUUCUGUACUUGAAGUUGAUUUGAAAUAUGUAAAAAUUGAUGAUGUAUUUGCAAACAUUAAUGUGAAGUAAAUUGAAUUUAAUGUUGAAUACUUUUCAAGCAUUCACUUAAUAAAGCCACUGUUAAACAUUGUUAUGCUCAGUCAUACACUUGAAAGGUACAAUGUCUUUUAGCUAAUUCUAAUUAAAAACUGUAGACUGGUGUACAAGAUA